AUGUACGAUUCGGCGACCCUCGAUGAACUGCUCCCCGUCCCCGCGGAGAAGCGCGGCCUGCUCGCGACAGACACGGUCAGCGCGCCAGCAGCGCCCGUGGUGAACAACCUCAAGGUGACCCUCGCGCUCGUGCUCAUACAGGCCAUUUGGAGUUUGAACGCGGUCUACGCCAAGACGGGCCUGCGGGACAUGCACGUCAUGGUGUGGUACUCCCUGCGCCUCAUCUUCGCCACCCCCGCCUUCUUCGCCCUCGCCUACGUCCGCGAACGCGAGUCCCUCUUCAGCUCGCGAUCGCUCAAGGACUGGCUGUGGCUGGGAGGCCUGGGCAUGAUGGGGAUGGUGUUCAACCAGCUGCUCUUCCUGAGCGGCCUCUCGCUCACGACGGCCACCAACGCGGGCAUGGUGAGCCCGGCCAUCUCCGUCUUCUCGACUGCCAUCUCGGCCCUGCUCUGCCUCGAGAAGCUCUCCCUCUGGAAGCUCGGCGGCAUCAGUAUCACCGUCGUCGGCGCACUCAUCAUCCUCGAGGUGGAGAACUUUGAGUUGUUUGGGUCGAGCGACAUUCUGCUGGGCAACCUGCUGGCGAUCUCGAGCACGGUGUGCUUCUCGCUCUUCAUCGUCCUCCAGAAGCCGCUCACGGCGCGGGUCACGCCCACGGUGCUCAACUUCUUCGUGUUCGCCGUCGGGCUGGUGGUCAUCGUGCCCAUCACCCUCGUUGGCUUCUGGGACGAGGUCGUCGACGUCGCCCGCACCGCCCCGCUCAACGCCUACCUCUCCACCAUCUACAGCGCCUUCGUCGCCGGCGUCAUCGGGUAUUCGUUGAACACGUGGGCGAUUCAUCAGAUCGCGGCGUCGACGGUGGCGCUGUUCUACUGCCUGCAGGCGCUCAUGAUCGCGCUCUUUGCGUGGGUCCUGCUGGGCGAGCAGCUCACCGUGCGGGUGGCCGUCGGCGGGCUGCUCAUCAUGGCGGGCCUCUUCACCGUCACCUGGUCCCUCGACCGCCAGCGCAAGAAGGACGCCCGGCUCGCUCUCGAGCAGCAGGAAGAAGAGCAAGAGGCCGCUGCGGCCAAGCUCCUCGACGCAGGCAACGACUACGACGACAACGACGAGAAGACGACGAUGAUGAAGAUGAAGACGGCGAUGGAGAAGAAGAGCGUGGAUGGGACGAUGCUGGUGAUGGAGCUGUCGCAGGACGGUGCCUGGGUGUCUCCGACGUCGCCACCAUCGCCCGAGCAUCAGGAGAAGAGGCGGAGGAAGUCGGGGGAGGCGGAGUACGGCACCUUCGUGUAG